UGACUGCUUACGCCUGGUCUCUGAUUUUCCCACAGGAUGAGGGAGUGGUGGGUGCAUGUGGGGCUUCUGGCAAUACCCCUGCUUGCGGCCUAUCUAUACAUCCCGCCCCCCAAGUUGUCCCCUGCUCUUCACUCAUGGAAGUUGUCAGGCAAAUAUUUCACCUACAAGGGACUGCGCAUCUUCUACCAAGACUCUUUCGGCGUGGUCGGGAGUCCUGAGAUAGUCGUGCUUCUACAUGGCUUUCCCACAUCCAGCUAUGAUUGGUACAAGAUCUGGGAAGGUCUCACGCAUCGGUUCCAUCGAGUGAUUGCCCUCGAUUUCUUAGGCUUUGGCUUCAGCGACAAACCGAGACCGCACCACUACUCCAUCUUCGAGCAGGCCAGCAUCGUGGAGGCGCUUUUGCAGCACCUGGGGCUUCAGAACCGCAGGGUCAACCUUCUGUCUCAUGAUUACGGAGACAUCGUGGCUCAGGAGCUUCUCUAUAGGUUCAAGCAGAAUCGCUCUGGUCGGCUGACCAUAAAGAGUCUCUGUCUGUCCAAUGGAGGUAUAUUUCCCGAGACUCACCACCCGCUCCUGCUCCAUAAGAUUCUCAAAGAUGGAGGCCUGCUGUCACCCAUCCUCACACGAAUGCUGAACUUCUUUGUAUUCUCUCGAGGUCUUGUCCCCCCUGUCUUUGGGCCAUACACCCGACCCUCAGAGAAUGAGCUGUGGGACAUGUGGGCAACGAUACGCCACAAUGAUGGGAACUUAAUUGUCGACAGUCUCUUACAGUACAUUAACCAGAGGAAGAAGUUUAGAAGACGCUGGGUGGGAGCUCUUGCCUCUGUAACUAUUCCCAUUCAUUUUAUCUACGGGCCCUUUGACCCGGUGCAUCCCUAUCCGGAGUUUUUGGAGCUGUACAGGAAAACGCUGCCGCGGUCCACAGUGUCGAUUCUGGAUGACCACAUUAGCCACUACCCACAGCUAGAGGAUCCCAUGGGCUUCUUGAAUGCAUAUAUGGGCUUCAUCAACUCCUUCUGAGCUGGAAAGAGUAGCUUCCCUGUAUUACUCCCCCUACUCCCUUAUCUGUUGUGUAUUCCAUUUAGAAAGCAAUGCCCCAAAGAGGUCCUGGCCACCAAACACUUCUCUCACAAAGGUCCACCUGACUCACAUGGUGAACAGCAUAUAGGACAAGCCAGUAGAGGCUCUAUAAGGGUGACCUGAGAGUCCACCUCCCAUUCCUCUGACAUCUGAUCACGUGUAUGGACUUGCCUUUGUGUUAUUAGGAACGUCUGAUGAGCACUGCUGCUCGCGGAUGCAGAUACACAGAGACUUUUCUGAAAUACUUAGAAGUGUAAUUUUUGGCUCGGCCCCAAUUGGAAUCUUGUAGUAAAGAAUGAGGAGAGGAUGGCUGCUUCCCUCUCCUUGAGUGGCUUUAAGGGCACGUGCUUUUUUUGUUUCCUAAGCAGCUUCAGGAGAGAGUAAGUCUCCCCUGUCAUAACUUUGGCUUAGUUUCGUCAGCUGCAUCUAAUUAUAGGCUUUUUGUUAAAAUAGAUUUUGCUUUAAAUAAUGCAGCUUUACAUAAUGCAGUAUUCUAAGUGUACUUUAAGACUGUGAUUUACUGACACGUGUUAUAUCUAUUUUAGAAGGGUACUACACCAGCAGACACUCACUCUGGCAGAGUAGUGAACCUUAUUAAACAUAUUUGACUUCUGUAUAAAUUGAACUAAAUCCAAACUUAAAAAAAUUUCCUACAAGUCAUAGGACAUCAAAGACCAACCGCAUCUGUGCCAGAGAUUUACUGUUAUUGGCUGGAAAGACGCAGUUCUAACAGCG